AUGCCUUGCCACGCCCCCGACAACAACCACGCCCCUCAAGUGCCGCAUGGCCACGCCCCUCUCCGCGCCGCCCCUCCCAGGGACGCCUCGACAAACCUUCGGUCACCAAGCCCCGCCUCUCCCGUGACACAAGCCACGCCCAGUUCCGCACUGUCCGGUUCCGGACGCCAGGCCACGCCUUCGGGCACCAAACUACGCUUCUCACGACACCAAAGCCCCGCCCCUUCCGCUUCCGCCCCGCCCACCCCGCCCCUCUCGCGCAGCCGUUGCCCCGCCCCUCCGCGGCGGGCGGGCGCGCGUCCGACGUCCGCCCGCCCGUCCCCGCGUGCGGGCGCGCAUGCGCCGACGUCACUUCCGGCCGUCCGCGGCGCUCGCUGGGCCGGGCCCCGGAUGCUGGCUGGCGGCGGCGGCGGCGGCGGCGGCGGCUCCUCCCGGGCGCUCGCGUUCGCGUCGGCGUCGGCGUCGGCGAGCGGGCGCCGCUCCGGGUCGUGGCCGGCUGCGCGCGGCGCGGCGCGGACGAUGGCGGCGGGCCCGGCGGCGGGCUGCGCGGAGUGGCGGGUGCUGCGGGACGGCUGCCUGCGCGGCGACGCGGACGGGCUGCGGAGCCUGGCCUACCACCCGGCGCUCAACGCCAUCCUGGCCGUCACCCGGCGCGGCGCGCUGCGCGUCAUCGACGGCACCUCGGGCGCCACCCUGCAGGCCUCGCCGCUCGCCGCGAAACCAGGCAGUCAGGUGAAGUGUCAGUACAUUUCUGCUGUGGAUAAAGUGAUCUUUGUGGACGACUACGCUGUAGGGUGCAGGAAGGACCUGAACGGAAUCUUGUUGUUAGACACGGCGCUGCAGACACCAGUUUCAAAGCAGGAUGAGGACGUGCAGCUUGAGUUGCCGGUGACGGAGGCACAGCAGCUCUUAUCUGCAUGUUUAGAAAAGAUCGACAUUUCUAGUACGGAAGGUUAUGAUUCGUUCAUCACGCAGCUCAAAGAUGGCUUGAAAAAUACUUCUCACGAGACUGCAGCGAACCACAAAGUUGCAAAGUGGGCCACGGUCACAUUCCAUCUCCCGCACCACGUGCUGAAGUCGGUGGCCAGUGCCAUGGUGAACGAGCUCAAGAAGUUGAACCAGAAUGUCGCCGCCCUGCCCGUGGCAUCCUCGGUCAUGGACAGAUUGUCGUACCUCUUACCCAGCGCUCGACCCGAGCUGGGCGUGGGGCCCGGGCGCUCCGUGGACAGGUCGUUGAUGUACAGUGAAGCGAACAGACGAGAGACCUUCACCUCCUGGCCACAUGUGGGCUAUAGGUGGGCGCAGCCGGAUCCCAUGGCUCAAGCUGGAUUUUAUCAUCAGCCCGCGUCCUCUGGUGAUGACAGAGCUAUGUGCUUCACCUGCAGCGUCUGCCUCGUCUGCUGGGAGCCAACCGACGAGCCCUGGUCGGAACACGAGCGACAUUCCCCCAACUGCCCGUUCGUGAAGGGCGAGCACACGCAGAACGUGCCCCUGUCGGUCACGCUGGCCACCAGCCCCGCCCAGUUCCCCUGCUCCGAUGGCUCCGACCGCAUCGCCUGCUUCGGCUCGGGGAGCUGCCCUCAUUUCCUGGCCGCCGCCACCAAGCGGGGCAAGAUCUGCAUCUGGGAUGUGUCGAAGCUCAUGAAGGUGCACUUGAAGUUUGAGAUUAACGCCUACGAUCCGGCGAUCAUCCAGCAACUGGUUCUGUCCGGAGAAGCCAGCUCCGCCGUGGAGUCCAGGAGACCGACCUUGGCGUGGCUGGAAGAUUCUUCUAGCUGUUCUGAUAUCCCCAAAUUGGAAGGCGAUAGUGACGAUUUACUGGAGGAUUCAGACAGCGAAGAGCAUUCCAGAACAGAUUCUGUGACAGGGCCUACAUCCCAGAAGGAAGCCUUGGACGUGAGCCUGGAUAUCACGGCCCUUAGCGUCCUCCAGCAGCCCGAGAAGCUGCAGUGGGAGAUCGUUGCCAACGUACUUGAAGACACCGUGAAGGACCUUGAGGAGUUGGGGGCCAACCCUGGGCUCACGAACUCCAAGAGCGAGAAGCCCAAGGAGAAGCACCCCGAGCAGCACAACAUCCCCUUUCCUUGCCUGCUGGCGGGGGGCCUACUGACCUACAGGUCCCCGGCGGCCUCCCCCGGAAGUAGCCACUCCCAGCGCUCCCUAGACGGGCUGGGCCGAACGCUGGGGGAGAGUGUCUCCGAGCCUGGCUCCACGGACACCGAGUCGGGCCCCCACUCUGAGCUCAGCUCCCCGCGAGUGCGCCGGACCCUGCCCGUGCUGCUGCUCUACAGCAUCAAGGAGUCGGAUGAGAAGACAGGCAAGAUCUUUUCGCAGAUGAGCAGCCUGAUGAGCAAGAGCCUGCAGGACGACGGCUUCACGGUGCCGCAGAUCAUCGAGAUGGAGCUGGACAGCCAGGAGCAGCUGCUGCUGCAGGACCCGCCCGUCACCUACAUCCAGCAGUUCGCCGAGGCGGCGGCCGGCCUGGCCUCCCCGGACUCGGACAAGUGGAGCACCGUGUCCCCCAAGCCUGGCGCCCUGGUGCAGUGCCUGAAGCUGCCCAAGCUGGCGGAUGAGGAGCACCUGCGCGUGGACUCCAUCACCCCGUGUGCGGAUGGCGUCCACCUGCUGGUCGGGCUGCGGACGUGCCCCGCCGAGGCCCUGAGCGCUGAGAAUCAGGUCGAGGCCUUGAACAAUCUCAACAGGUUGAACUCGGCCCUUUGCAGCCGCCGGAGGGCCGGGGCUGAGCCUGAGCCCGAGUUCGAGCCUGAGGCCGCCUUCACCAUGCUGAACGGUGGCAGUGGCAUGGACCCAGCAGCGAUGGUGAUGGGGCCCGAUGGCUUGGCCCCUGCCGAGGUCGAGGUGCAGACGCCCGGGAGGGGGGUGGUGCUCGAGCCACGGCAGAGCGGGGGGUACUUGAUCCUCUAUAAGAUGAAUUAUGCCACGAGAAUAGUGACCCUGGAGGAGGAGCCCGUCAAGAUCCAGCACAUCAGAGACCCCCAGGACACCAUCACCUCACUCCUCCUGCUCCCGCCCGACAUCCUGGACAGCCGUGAGGAUGACAGCGAGGAGCCCGUGGAGGACCUGCAGCUGAGCUCCAGGAACGGCCUGGAGCGGGACCGCAAGGCCGACGUCUCAGUGCUCGGGCACCUGGUCAUCACCACUCAGGGAGGCUAUGUGAAAAUCCUAGACCUGUCCAACUUUGAAAUUUUAGCCAAAGUGGAACCUCCCCUUAAGGAGGGCAGCGAGGAACCGGACUCCUUUGUCUCUGUCAUCUACUGCUCGGGCACGGACCGGCUGUGUGCGUGCACCAGAGGUGGUGAGCUUCAUUUUCUCCAAAUUGGAGGGACCUGUGAUGAUAUUGAUGAAGCCGACAUUCUUGUGGAUGGAUCGCUUUCCAAAGGACUAGAGCCAUCUGCAGAAGGUUCCAAACCUUUGUCGAAUCCUUCGAGUCCUGGCAUUUCAGGGGUCGACUUGCUGGUGGAGCAGCCGUUCACCCUGGACAUCCUGACGGCGCUGGUGGAGCUGACGCGCUUCGAGACCCUCACCCCACGCUUCUCGGCCACCGUGCCGCCCUGCUGGGUGGAGGUGCAGCAGGAGCAGCAGCAGAGGCGCCACCCGCAGCACCUGCACCAGCAGCACCAUGGUGACGCCGCACAACACACACGCACCUGGAAGCUGCAGGCCGACGGCAACAGCUGGGAUGAGCACGUGUUCGAGUUGGUUCUGCCUAAAGCAUGCAUGGUUGGACACGUGGAUUUCAAAUUUGUCCUGAACUCAAACAUCACCAACAUUCCUCAGAUCCAAGUGACGCUGCUGAAAAACAAAGCUCCGGGCUUAGGGAAAGUCAAUGCUCUUAACAUUGACGUGGAACAAAAUGGGAAACCGUCCCUGGUUGAUUUGAGUGAAGACAUGCAGCACAUGGAUGUAGAGGAAUCGCCGUGUCUUCGCUUAUGCCCAUUUUUAGAGGAUCAUAAAGAAGACAUUCUCUGUGGGCCCAUGUGGCUUGCAAGUGGGCUUGACCUGUCGGGGCACGCUGGGAUGUUGACGUUGACCAGCCCCAAACUCGUCAAAGGUAUGGCGGGAGGAAAGUACCGUUCCUUUCUGAUCCACGUGAAGGCAGUGAACGAAAGAGGAGCUGACGAGGUCUGUAACGGGGGUGUUCGCCCCGUCGUCAGACUUCCCGCCCUGAAAACGCCAAGCAACAAGGGCUACUCGCUGGCUUCGCUCCUGGCAAAAGUUGCAGCAGGCAAGGAAAAAUCAUCUAAUGUGAAGAAUGAAAAUGCAAGUGGCACCCGCAAAUCUGAAAACCUUAGGGGCUGUGACUUACUGCAAGAGGUCUCAGUCACCAUCCGGAGGUUUAAGAAAACUUCCAUUUCAAAGGAAAGGGUUCAGCGAUGUGCCAUGUUGCAGUUUUCAGAAUUCCACGAGAAGCUUCUGAAUACGUUAUGUCGGAGAGCAGAGGAUGGCCAGGUCACGGAGCACGCGCAGAGCCUGGUGCUGGACACGCUGUGUUGGCUGGCCGGCGUGCAUGCCAAUGGGCCCGGAAGUUCAAAGGAAGGCAAUGAGAGCUUGCUUUCAAAAACACGGAAAUGUCUUUCCGACAUUGUACGCGUUUGCUUCUUUGAGGCUGGGCGCAGCAUUGCCCAUAAGUGUGCUCGCUUUCUAGCAUUGUGCAUUAGUAACGGGAAAUGUGACCCCUGUCAGCCGGGAUUUGGAUCUGUUCUCUUGAAGGCCUUGCUGGAUAAUAUGUCCUUUUUACCUGCAGCGGCCACUGGCGGUUCUGUCUAUUGGUACUUCGUCUUGCUGAACUACGUUAAGGAUGAGGACCUGGCUGGGUGCAGCACGGCCUGUGCAGCUUUGCUCACGGCCGUGUCCAGGCAGCUACAGUACCGGCUGACGCCUAUGGAGGCCUUGCUCCAGACGAGGUAUGGCCUGUACAGCUCCCCGUUUGACCCGGUCCUCUUCGAUUUGGAGAUGAGUGGCUCCUCGUGCAAAAGUGGGUCCGGCAGCAGCGUCGCCAUCCAGUCGGACGAGAUCGACUUUUCCGAUGUCCUCUCAGGGACCGGCAAGGCCAGCAGCUGCACAGCAGCGGAGGGCAGCUUCACGGCGCUCACGGGCCUGCUUGAGGUGGAGCCGCUGCACUUCACCUGCGUGUCCACUAGCGACGGGACCCGGAUAGAGAGGGAUGACGCAAUGAGUUCCUUCGGGGUUCCCCCUGCAGUAGGUGGCCUGUCAUCGGGGACGGUCGGGGAAGCUUCGACGGCCCUGAGUUCGGCAGCCCAGGUAGCUUUGCAGUCUCUCUCUCAUGCAAUGGCUUCAGCCGAGCAACAGCUGCAGGUGCUGCAAGAGAAACAGCAGCAGCUUUUGAAGCUUCAGCAACAGAAAGCAAAGCUGGAGGCCAAGUUACAUCAGACAACGGCCGCAGCUGCUGCGGCCGCCACCUCGUCAGCUCUGCCCACUAUGGGCCCCAUCCACAACUCCGUGCCUUCCCACCCUGUGGCGGCCCCGGGCUUCUUCAUCCACCCGUCGGAUGUGAUCCCCCCGACCCCAAAAACCACGCCACUCUUCAUGACCCCGCCGCUCACCCCACCCAAUGAGGCCGUGUCCGUUGUGAUCAACGCCGAGCUCGCGCAGCUCUUCCCGGGCUCAGUUCUUGAUCCCCCGACGGUCAGCCUGGCGGCUCAGAGCAAGCAUUCCAAUAAGUCAAGAAUGAAUCCACUUGGUUCUGGCCUUGCUCUUGCAAUUUCUCAUGCUUCACAUUUUCUUCAACCUCCUCCUCAUCAGUCCAUCAUUAUUGAGCGAAUGCAUUCAGGUGCAAGGAGAUUCGUCACCUUGGAUUUCGGCCGGCCCAUCCUGCUGACUGACGUGCUGAUUCCCACCUGCGCUGACUUGGCCUCUUUGUCCAUUGACAUUUGGACCUUGGGUGAAGAGGUGGACGGGAGGCGCCUGGUCGUGGCCACCGACAUCAGCACCCACUCCCUGAUCCUCCAUGACCUUGUGCCGCCCCCUGUCUGCAGGUUCAUGAAAAUCACAGUCAUUGGCCGCUACGGAAGCACCAACGCCAGAGCCAAGAUCCCACUGGGCUUCUAUUACGGACACACAUACAUCCUGCCAUGGGAAAGCGAGCUGAAGCUCAUGCACGACCCACUGCGGGGCGAGGGCGAGGCUGCCGCUCAGCCCGACAUGGACCAGCACCUGGCCAUGAUGGUGGCCCUGCAGGAGGACAUUCAGUGCCGGUAUAACUUAGCCUGUCAUCGGCUGGAAACUCUGCUGCAAAGCAUUGACCUUCCUCCCCUCAACAGCGCCAACAACGCUCAGUACUUUUUGCGGAAGCCCGACAAGGCCGUGGAGGAAGACAGCAGGGUUUUCUCGGCCUACCAGGAUUGCAUUCAGCUCCAGCUGCAGCUCAACCUGGCCCACCACGCCGUGCAGCGCCUCCGAGUGGCACUGGGUGCCAGCCGACGGGUGUUGUGCGAGGCCUCGGAUCCCCAGGACAUUAUCCAGGCAUCUUCCACCGAGCAGCUGCGCACCAUCAUCAGAUACCUGCUGGACACCCUGCUCAGCCUCCUGCACUCCUCUAAUGGACACUCUGUUCCUGCAGUUUUGCAGAGCACUUUUCACGCCCAGGCCUGCGAAGAGCUGUUCAAGCACUUGUGCAUCAGCGGGACCCCGAAGAUCCGGUUGCACACGGGCCUAUUACUCGUGCAGCUCUGCGGUGGGGAGAGGUGGUGGGGCCAGUUCCUGUCCAAUGUGCUGCAGGAGUUGUACAAUUCUGAGCAGCUGCUCAUCUUCCCACAGGACAGGGUCUUCAUGCUUCUCUCCUGCAUUGGUCAGCGGUCCCUGAGCAACAGUGGGGUGUUAGAAAGUCUGCUCAAUCUACUGGAUAACUUGCUAUCACCUCUGCAGCCACAGUUUACCCUGCAUCAGAGGACAGAAGGUGUCUUGGACAUCCCCAUGAUCAGCUGGGUGGUCAUGCUGGUCUCCAGGCUGCUCGACUACGUGGCCACUGUCGAGGAUGAAGCCGCUUCUGCCAAGAAAGCGCUGAAUGGCAAAGACCGCGAGAGGCUCAUGACAGGUAACCAGUGGAGUUUUAUUAACAACAGUCUGCAUACCCAGAACAUAAAUAGAUCUUCAAAAGGCAGCAGUAGCCUUGAUAGAUUAUAUUCCAGAAAAAUCAGGAAGCAGCUAGUUCACCAUAAACAGCAACUUAACCUACUAAAAGCAAAACAGAAGGCUUUGGUGGAACAGAUGGAAAAGGAAAAAAUUCAAAGUAACAAAGGAUCAUCCUAUAAGCUUCUAGUAGAGCAAGCCAAACUGAAGCAGGCUACUUCAAAGCACUUUAAGGAUUUGAUCCGGUUACGUCGGACGGCAGAAUGGUCUCGUUCUAGUUUAGACACCGAGGUGACGACCACCAAAGAAAGCCCCGAGAUAGAGCCACUUCCGUUCACCCUGGCCCACGAACGCUGCAUUUCAGUCGUCCAAAAACUGGUCCUUUUCCUGCUCUCCAUGGACUUCACAUGUCACGCGGACCUCCUACUGUUCGUCUGUAAGGUCCUGGCACGCAUCGCCAAUGCCACGAGGCCAACCAUCCACCUAUGUGAAAUCGUGAAUGAGCCACAGCUUGAGAGGCUGCUGUUGCUCCUGGUGGGGACUGACUUCAACCGUGGCGACAUCUCUUGGGGCGGCGCCUGGGCUCAGUAUUCGCUGACUUGUAUGCUGCAGGACAUCUUGGCAGGGGAGCUGCUGGCUCCAGUGGCCGCCGAGGCCAUGGAGGAGGCUGCAGUGGGCGAGGAUGUGGGUGCCACUGCCGGAGAUGCUGACGAUUCACUGCAGCAGACCUCGGUUCAGCUACUGGAAACGAUCGAUGAGCCUCUGACCCAUGACAUCACAGGUGCACCUCCUCUUUCCUCUUUGGAAAAAGAUAAAGAAAUUGAUCUUGAGCUACUUCAGGAUCUAAUGGAAGUUGACAUUGAUCCUUUAGAUAUUGAUUUGGAGAAAGAUCCCCUUGCAGCCAAGGUGUUUAAGCCAAUAAGCAGCACGUGGUAUGACUACUGGGGUGCCGACUACGGCACCUACAAUUACAACCCCUAUAUCGGGGGUCUCGGCAUCCCUGCGGCAAAGCCACCAGCCAAUGCGGAGAAGAGCGGCUCCCAGACGGUCAGCGUGUCCGUGUCGCAGGCCCUCGAUGCUCGCCUGGAAGUGGGCCUUGAGCAACAGGCAGAGCUCAUGCUGAAGAUGAUGUCCACCUUGGAAGCGGACUCUGUGCUGCAGGCGUUGACCAACACGUCCCCCACGUUCUCCCAAUCUCCCACUGGAACAGAUGAUUCACUUCUAGGGGGCUUACAAGCAGUGAACCAGUCCAGCCAGCUUAUUAUUCAGUUAUCAUCUGUCCCAAUGUUAAAUGUUUGUUUCAACAAACUCUUUUCUAUGCUUCAAGUCCAUCAUGUUCAGUUGGAAUCACUUCUUCAGUUGUGGCUCACAUUGAGCUUAAAUUCUAGUUCAUCCGGAAACAAAGAGAGCGGAGCAGACAUUUUUUUAUAUAAUGCCAAUAGAAUACCUGUGAUCUCAUUGAAUCAAGCAUCAAUCACCAGCUUUCUCACCGUGCUGGCCUGGUACCCCAAUACGCUGCUCCGGACUUGGUGCCUUGUGCUUCACAGUCUGACGCUCAUGACCAACAUGCAGCUCACUGCCGGUUCCAGCAGCGCCAUUGGGUCUCAGGAGAGCACGGCCCACCUGCUGGUUUCGGACCCGAAUUUGAUUCACGUGUUAGUGAAGUUUCUUUCUGGCACCAGUCCACAUGGCACAAACCAACACAGUCCGCAGGUGGGUCCCACAGCCACUCAGGCUAUGCAGGAGUUUCUCACCCGGCUGCAGGUACACCUGUCCUCGACGUGUCCUCAGAUUUUCAGUGAAUUUCUGCUCAAACUCGUUCACAUACUGUCCACAGAGAGGGGUGCCUUCCAGACAGGCCAGGGUCCCCUGGAUGCCCAAGUGAAGCUUCUGGAGUUCACCCUGGAGCAGAACUUCGAGGUGGUGUCUGUGAGCACUAUCUCUGCCGUCAUCGAGUCGGUCACCUUCCUCGUCCACCACUACAUCACCUGCUCGGACAAAGUCACUUCUCGGAGUGGAUCUGACAGCUCGGUGGGGGCCCGGGCCUGCUUCGGGGGCCUCUUCGCCAACCUCAUUCGUCCCGGCGACGCUAAGGCCGUCUGUGGGGAAAUGACCAGAGACCAGCUUAUGUUCGACCUGUUAAAGCUGGUCAACAUCUUGGUGCAGCUGCCCCUGUCGGGCAACAGGGAGUACAGUGCCCGAGUGUCUGUCCCCACCAACACCAGCGACAGCGUCUCCGACGAAGAGAAGGUUUCGGGCGGCAAGGACGGAAAUGGGGGUGGCAGUGGCGGCCCUGGAGCCCCCGCCUACGUGGCAGACCUGGUUCUCGGCAACCAGCAGAUCAUGAGCCAGAUCCUGUCCGCACUGGGCCUGUGCAACAGCAGCGCCAUGGCCAUGAUAAUCGGUGCCAGCGGACUGCACCUCACCAAGCACGAAAACUUCCACGGCGGGCUGGACGCCAUCUCUGUCGGGGACGGGCUCUUCACCAUCCUCACCACCCUCAGCAGAAAGGCUUCAUCGGUGCACGUGAUGUUGCAGCCUAUCCUCACCUACAUGGCCUGUGGCUACAUGGGCAGACAAGGCUCGCUCGCCACCUGCCAGUUGUCGGAGCCCUUAUUAUGGUUUAUAUUGAGAGUGUUGGACACCACUGAGGCUUUGAAAGCGUUCCAUGACAUGGGUGGUGUUCAGCUCAUCUGUAACAACAUGGUCACCAGUACCAGGGCCAUUGUAAACACUGCUAGAAGUAUGGUAUCGACCAUCAUGAAGUUUCUGGACUCCGGUCCAAAUAAAGCUGCAGACAGUGCCCUGAAAACGAGGAUUCUGCCUUCAGAGCCUGACAAUGCAGAAGGGAUUCAUAACUUUGCACCCCUGGGAACGAUCUCCUCCAGCAGCCCUACUGCCCAGCCCGCUGAGGUGCUUCUGCAAGCCACGCCGCCCCACCGGAGAGCUCGCUCUGCCGCCUGGUCCUACAUCUUCCUGCCCGAGGAAGCCUGGUGCGACCUCACCAUCCACCUCCCUGCUGCUGUGCUCCUGAAGGAGAUCCAUAUCCAGCCUCACCUUGCCUCUCUUGCCACCUGCCCAUCUUCUGUGUCUGUUGAAGUAAGUGCAGAUGGUGUAAAUAUGCUGCCAUUGUCCACUCCUGUUGUCACCAGUGGCCUCACUUACAUAAAAAUCCAGCUGGUGAAGGCAGAAGUGGCUUCUGCCGUCUGCCUCCGACUCCAUCGGCCUCGAGACGCCAGCACCUUGGGCCUCUCCCAGAUCAAACUGCUGGGCCUCACUGCUUUCGGCACCACUUCUUCCGCAACCGUCAAUAACCCCUUUCUCCCAUCCGAAGACCAGGUGUCCAAAACGAGCAUUGGCUGGUUGCGACUACUGCACCACUGCCUGACGCACAUCGGCGAGCUGGAGGGGAUGAUGGCGAGCGCGGCAGCACCCACGGCUAACCUGCUGCAGACGUGCGCCGCGCUGCUCAUGUCGCCCUACUGCGGUAUGCAUUCGCCCAACAUCGAGGUGGUUCUGGUCAAGAUCGGCCUCCAGUCCACACGCAUCGGCCUCAAGCUCAUCGACAUCCUGCUGCGUAAUUGCGCCGCCGCUGGCAGCGACCCCACCGAUCUGAACAGCCCUUUGCUUUUUGGGAGACUCAACGGGCUCUCCUCGGACUCAACAAUUGAUAUUCUCUACCAGCUCGGAACCACUCAGGAUCCCGGGACCAAAGACAGAAUCCAGGCCUUGCUCAAGUGGGUGAGUGACUCCGCACGCGUAGCCGCCCUGAAGCGCAGUGGGAGGCUGAGCGCGGCGGCUGCCGAGUAUGGGCUGCUCAUGCCGUCCCCGUCACAUCUGCACUGUGUGGCCGCCAUCCUCUGGCACAGCUAUGAGCUGCUAGUCGAGUACGACCUGCCGGCAUUGCUUGACCGAGAGCUCUUCGAGCUGCUCUUCCAUUGGUCCAUGUCGCUUCCCUGCAACCUGGUUCUGAAGAAGGCGGUGGACAGUCUUCUCUGUUCUAUGUGCCACAUCCACCCCACAUACUUCUCUCUGCUCAUGGGCUGGAUGGGGAUCACGCCGCCCCCUGUGCAGUGUCACCACCGACUGUCCAUGACAGACGACAGCAAAAAGCACGACCUCGGUGCCUCCCUGACCGACGACUCCAAGAACGCACAGGCCCCUCUGGCGCUCACUGAGUCGCACUUGGCCACCCUGGCUUCUUCCUCGCAGUCGCCCGAGUCUGUGGAACAGCUGCUGGACUCCGGCCUGCCCUCCCUCCUCGUCCGGAGCCUAGCCAGCUUCUGCUUCAGCCACCACCUGCCUCCCUCCGAAAGCCCAGCGCCUGCCGCUGAAGCACCCCAAGAUAAGUGUCGGCGGCCACAGCCUGUCCCACAGUGCCCCAAGAUGCCCAUCACCGCUGACCUGGUCGCGCCCAUCCUCAGGUUUCUGACCGAAGUGGGCAACAGCCACAUUAUGAAAGAUUGGCUCGGCGGCUCUGAGGUCAACCCUCUGUGGACUGCACUUCUCUUUUUGCUGUGCCAUUCAGGGUCUGCUACGGGGGCCCAGGGCUUGGGGACGCAGCAGGCCAGCGCUCGCCCGGCCUCACUCGCUUCAGCUGCACCCACGGGGCUGACCACUCAGCAGAGAACGGCCAUUGAGAACGCCACUGUGGCCUUUUUCCUGCAGUGUAUCUCGUGCCACCCCAGCAACCAGAAGCUGAUGGCGCAGGUUCUCUGCGAACUGUUCCAGACGCCUCCUCAGCGAGGGAACCUCCCGGCGUCUGGGAACAUCUCCGGGUUUGUGCGGAGGCUGUUCCUGCAGCUGAUGCUGGAGGACGAGAAAGUGACCAUGUUUCUGCAGUCGCCCUGCCCCCUGUACAAAGGCAGGAUCAAUGCGACCAGCCACGUCAUCCAGCACCCGAUGUAUGGCGCAGGCCACAAGUUCCGCACGCUGCAGCUGCCCGUGUCCACCACGCUGUCGGAGGUGCUCGACCGGGUGUCAGACACACCAAGUAUCACUGCUAAGCUAAUUAGUGAGCAAAAAGAUGACAAAGAAAAGAAAAACCUUGAAGAGAAGGAAAAAGUUAAGGCGGAAAACGGGUUGCAGGACAAUUAUAGUGUGGUGGUUGCUUCAGGCCUGAAAUCUCAGUCCAAACGCGCUGUGUCUGGCACUCCACCUCGGCCGCCGUCCAGGAGAGGGAGGACCGUGCCCGAUAAGAUCGGAAGCUCUUCCGCGGGCUCCGAUGCUGCCAGCAAGAUCAUCACGGUCCCCGUGUUCCACCUCUUCCACAAGCUCCUGGCAGGCCAGCCGCUGCCAGCUGAAAUGACACUUGCCCAGCUUUUGACUCUCCUCUAUGACCGGAAACUCCCUCAAGGUUACCGCUCAGUAGAUCUGACUGUUAAAUUGGGGUCCAGAGUCAUUACAGACCCCAGUCUGUCAAAAACGGAUUCAUUUAAAAGGCUGUACCCUGAGAAAGAUCACAGCGACUUGCUCAGUAACUGUCCGGAAGACGAGGCCCUGACUCCAGGUGAAGACUGCAUGGACGGGACGCUGGACGACUCCUUGCUGGAGACCUGCCCCAUCCAGUCCCCACUACAGGUGUUUGCAGGAAUGGGGGGCCUGGCGCUCAUUGCAGAGCGGUUACCCAUGCUCUAUCCCGAAGUCAUCCAGCAGGUGAGCGCCCCAGUCAUGCCAGCCACUGCGCAGGAGAAGCCCAAGGACAGUGACCAGUUCGAGUGGGUGACCAUAGAGCAGUCGGGGGAGCUGGUGUAUGAAGCCCCGGAGACCAUCGCCGCGGAGCCGCCGCCCAUCAAGCCGGCUGUGCAGACCCUGUCUCCCAUCCCCGCGCACUCCCUGGCGGCCUUUGGGCUGUUUCUCCGCCUACCGGGCUAUGCUGAGGUGCUGCUCAAGGAGCGAAAGCACGCCCAGUGCCUUCUGCGCCUGGUGCUGGGGGUGACGGACGACGGCGAAGGCAGUCACAUCCUGCAGUCCCCGUCGGCCAAUGUGCUCCCCACCCUGCCCUUCCACGUCCUCCGCAGCCUGUUCAGCUCCACCCCGCUGACCACAGACGACGGGGUGCUACUACGGCGCAUGGCACUGGAGAUCGGGGCGCUGCACCUCAUCCUGGUCUGCCUGUCUGCCUUGAGCCACCACGCCCCCCGCGUGCCAACCUCCAGUCUCAACCAAGCCGAGCCUCAGGUCUCCAACUCCCACAACGCCGCGUCCUCCGAAGAGCAGCAGCUGUACUGGGCCAAAGGCACCGGCUUCGGGACGGGCUCCACGGCCUCUGGCUGGGACGUGGAGCAGGCGCUGACCAAGCAGCGAUUGGAGGAGGAACAUGUCACCUGCCUGCUGCAGGUUCUGGCCAGUUACAUCAACCCUGUGAGCGGGACAGUGAACGGCGACACACCCCCACCACAGGAGAGUGGGGGCCAGAACAGCAAUGCUAUUCCCUCGGUGCUCCUGGAGCUGCUCAGCCAGUCCUGCCUCAUCCCGGCUAUGUCGUCCUAUCUACGGAAUGACUCAGUCCUGGACAUGGCGAGGCAUGUGCCACUGUAUCGUGCCGUACUAGAGCUGCUCCGCGCCAUCGCGUCCUGCGCUGCCAUUGUGCCGCUGCUCCUGCCUCUCUCUGCGGACAGCAGCGAAGAGGACGAGGAGCCGGCCGAGUGCCAGAGCUCGGUAGGGACGCUGCUCGCCCAAAUGAAGACGUGUGUGGACACCUACACCAACCGCUUACGGUCUAAAAGGGAAAAUGCUAAAACCGGAGUGAAGCCAGACGCAGCCGACCAGGAGCCUGAAGGCCUCACGCUGUUGGUGCCGGACAUCCAGAGGACAGCAGAAAUUGUGUCCUCGGCCACCACCAGCCUGCGGCAGGCGAACCAAGAAAAAAAACUAGGUGAAUACUCCAAGAAGGUGGCCAUGAAACCCAAACCUUUAUCAGUAUUGAAAUCACUAGAAGAAAAAUAUGUGGCGGUUAUGAAGAAAUUACAGUUUGAUACGUUUGAGAUGGUGUCUGAAGAUGAGGAUGGCAAACUGGGCUUUAAAGUAAAUCACCACUACAUGUCUCAGGUGAAAAACGCCAGCGACGCCCACAGCGCUGCCCGGGCACGGCGCCUGGCACAGGAAGCUGUGACCCUGUCCACGUCGCUACCGCUGUCGUCCUCGUCUAGCGUGUUUGUGCGUUGCGAUGAGGAGCGGCUGGACAUCAUGAAGGUUCUCAUCACGGGUCCGGCCGACACCCCGUAUGCCAAUGGCUGCUUUGAGUUCGAUGUGUAUUUCCCGCAGGAUUACCCCAGUUCCCCCCCGCUCGUCAAUCUUGAGACGACCGGUGGCCACAGUGUGCGGUUCAACCCCAACCUUUAUAACGAUGGCAAGGUUUGCUUGAGCAUAUUAAACACGUGGCACGGGAGACCUGAAGAGAAGUGGAACCCUCAGACCUCAAGCUUUUUGCAAGUGUUGGUGUCCGUCCAGUCCCUAAUACUAGUAGCUGAGCCUUACUUUAAUGAGCCCGGAUAUGAGCGGUCACGGGGCACGCCCAGCGGUACCCAGAGCUCUCGGGAAUAUGACGGCAACAUUCGACAAGCAACGGUUAAAUGGGCUAUGUUAGAGCAAAUCCGAAACCCUUCCCCGUGCUUUAGAGAGGUUAUUCACAAACACUUUUACUUGAAACGCGUGGAGAUCAUGGCCCAGUGUGAGGAGUGGAUCGCUGACAUCCAGCAGUACAGCAGCGACAAGCGGGUGGGCCGGACCAUGUCGCACCAUGCGGCGGCCCUGAAGCGCCACACGGCUCAGCUGCGCGAGGAGCUUCUCAAGCUGGCCUGUCCCGAUGGCCUGGACCCGGCCGCCGCCGAUGCCUCUGAGCUGUGCGAUGCCACGGCAGGUGCUGAGGACACGCUGGUUCCGGAGCAGCUCCGAGCCAGCGGCAGCAAAGACCUCCCCGGGGACUUCCAGCUAUGAUCCAAGUGACACGGACUCACGGGCAGCCGGCUCCGAAGCACAAGCCAAAUCCGUCACUCUGUGUGUAAGGAGGCGACGGCGUCCCAGGCGACGCAAUGCAGCGAGGCGGCCCCGCGCCCUUCAGGAGAGACACUUCCACAUGCCCGGGACCUUUCAUUUACUGUACAAGAGUGUAAACUUUUCUGUGCUCUUAUUUUUUCAAUUGUGAGAACCACUGAUUGGUAUGUUCGGCAAAUUUGUGUAUACAGAGAAAUAGAGAAAAUCACUGACACAUAAGGGAAACUACCUUAGGAAAGAAUGUUUACUGAAUGGUUAUUAUUUUUUUCUUUUUCUUUUUUCUUUUUUUUUUUUUUUUUUUACUGUAGAGUGAGGGGGUGUUAACAAAGAAUAUAUAUUGGUCAUUCUUCCUACUACUAUUUAAAGUCAGCAACUUUUCACUGAAUUUGAUAGGUUUGGUUUGGCCAUUUCUUCAUGCCCCUAUUUGAUUUCCAAGGACCUCUUACAUACACGUCAAUAAAAGUUAAACGGACAUAUUUCCUCUUUUUUGAUUUCCUGGUACAUUUUUUAAAUGAUAAAUCUGCCAUAAAAUGCAUUAUAGCUGGAAACUUGCACUUGUAUGGAUGAAUUUAUUACAUUCAACGUAUUUAAUUUUAUGCCUUCUAAUUCUAAGAUGCAGAAAAAAAAUAAAUGAACAUGAUUUUAUUCUAUGCCAA